UAAGUUUAGACUGCAUUGACUGAUUGCAGAGUUCACACGUGCACGUGAAAUUACUACUAAAAAAAUAAUAAUAUAUUUUAUAAAAAUAGAACCAUGGCUUCUAUGGAUGAUUUUUUCAAUAAAGUGCAACGAAAACACCCGACAAUUAAUGAUGAUUUAAAGGCAAUUUUUAAAAACUCACAAAGCGAUUCACCACACCGCUCUAUCACCCUAUCACAAAUACGUGCUGCCUAUAGCCAACGAACUGGCGAGGAUUUCCCAGUCAAGGGCAGCACGCGAACCCAAAUGUGUUUUAUCCUGACAAUCCCCUAUAUCGCCUGCUUCACCAGUCGUAUCGGGACAUUGCGAUUUUUUACCUUCGAGGCGAAUCAGGAAUAAGGGUGCAGAUACACAUCACAUCUAGUCAUACCUGUGCAAUUUUUCUUUUAAUAUAACAUGCAAUAUAUUUUAAUUUUUAGUAUACAAA